GGAAAGCCAAAAAGGAAAAUAUUCGCACAGGGAGAAUUUGGAAAUGAAGCCAUUGGAGGUGCUUCGUCCUCCACUUCUCUCCACAACUUCCACUACCUUCCGAAGCCGCUCUCCGGCGAAUGUCUUCCUUCGUUGUUCCCGAUUCCGCCCAUCGUGCUGCUCCAUUCCACCGGAGACAGUUCGGUGAAUGCGGAUGCGCUGCGAUCUGAGUACAAGCCUGGAUUAGUUGAAGAUUUGUUUCUGGAUGUGUUCAGAAGCAAAAUGGCGAAGGAGGUAGGAUGGGACUCGGAGAAGCCUGGAUACGAGGGUCUGAUUGAAGUUGCCAAUCGUCUAAUGUUGACUGGCAGAAGCAGCUCUUAUACUAGAGAUGCAGCUGUUAGGAUACUGGUGUCUCUGUUUCCUCCAUUUUUGUUGGAGCUCUACAAAUUACUCAUCUCACCUUUAGCAGGAGGCAAAGUUGCUGCCAUUAUGGUUGCAAGGGUGACACAGGUAACAUGCCAGUGGUUGAUGGGGAAAUGCACGGUGAAUUCAGUUGAUCUUCCUGGUGGGAAAUCCUGGGAGAGUGGGGUUUUGGUGGAAAGAUGCAAGUAUUUGGAAGAAAGCAAGUGUAUUGGCAUUUGUGUCAAUACCUGCAAGCUUCCAACUCAGACUUUCUUCAACAACUACAUGGGAGUCCCUUUACUGAUGGAGCCAAACUUCACUGAUUAUAGCUGUCAGUUCAAGUUUGGCGUCCCGGCGCCGUUGCCAGAAGAUGAUAGUGCUCUGAAGGAGCCGUGCCUAGAGAUAUGCCCUGCUGCAAGUAGUAGAAGGCAAGUUUCUCAGGGGGAUAACACAGGGCAAUGCCCCAAGGCGUAGCGUAUAAUAUUUCUCUCACUGCUCCUUCCAUUUCGCACUGUGGGAGAUGUGUGGAAUAGAGCACUGCUGACGAUGUAUUUGUCUGGCUCUCAGAUGUGAUUUGGUCUGGAACACAAUGCCCUCGAACCUGAACCAUUUACAUAGCCCAAAGAGAAAUCUGGGUUGUAGUGGUGCGUUUAUCUUAACUAGGUCGAAAGGAAUUGCUCCACAGGAUGUUUAAUUUUUAUUUUGUUAAAAAUUUUACUUUCGUAAAUUCAGAGUAAAAUGCUAAACAAAAAGAAACUCACACAAUACAAUUUUCAAUUGUAUAAAUAACCAAGG